AUGCACGAGGGUUAUGACGGAGAUGACGCCUAUAUUAUGGUCGAAGACGAAUUUCAGACGGUGGCACAGUUAUACACCGCACACCUCCACCACGCUGAAUACAAGAGACUGGUCAAGCAAGCUCGUCAAGCUCCUCCAAAAGCUCUCCCUGCGCCGACCUCGCCGAUGUCCAAGGAAGCAAAGAAUCGGCUGAGAACUGCGGCUCUUGAAAAGAGGCAGAAGGAAAUCUUGCGCCGCGUCACAGGUAACAAAACCCGCGAAGAAGGAGGAGAAGACGAGGACGACAAAGAGGCCAAUCUGUGGUCCGGUACCAGUUUGGCUCCACUAAUGGCUGGUGGUAGCCAACAAAAGCGAUCCUUGGUGGGACUGGAGGGCAUAUCGAGCAGCACCAAAGCUGGGCUAGGCCUCACCAGAAGCCAGAGCUCCCGAAUAGAGACCAAAGAGGGGGAGGACGGUGAUGCUUUUGGCCUAAGCGAAACGCACCACAAGACGCCUCAGCAACGGGAGGAAGCGGUUAAUGCCAUUACCUCUCAAACGAUCUCGGUGACUCGUGCCAUCGACCAGAGCUUGUCCAAAUCCGAACCUGCUCCAGUCAAUGGCGAGCCAGCAAAGCCUCCGUCAACUAAGCGCAAGUUUUUUUUCGACCUUGACGACGGCUGGGAUUCUCCAGAAACAGUCGUCAAAUCUGAGGAUGACAGACCGAAGUCAAGGCCAGCAUCGCUUCUAGACAAAGGGAAGGAGAAGAGGUCAAGGCUAGAUGAAGUGCCAAUGUGGUUGUGA